AUGGGUCCAAAACGAGCAGAUACAGUUAUGAAAGGAAGCAAAUUAUCACAAGGUGGGAUGAGUGUAUUAGGUAUGGCUGGUGCUGGAGCAUUACUAGAGCAAGAUAGUCAGCAGUGUGUAGGUAAAUUUGCUGCUGAUUUAGAACUAUGUUGUCGUGAACCAUCUCCAGCCUAUCCUAUAACAAUUCCUGUUCACAUUCGUGGUCGUCCACCAUCGUCCGCACUUACUCAAUCGUUUCAAUUACAAAAUCAACAACAGCAACAACCACAGCAACAGCAGCAGCAACACACAGGAACACAUUCUGGAAUGUCAGCUACACCAUCAUUAGCUGGUGUAGUUGCCGAUGAACAAUUAUCAACAAUAGGAAAGAAAACAUCUCGUUCAAGAAUGACUUCAGUUUGUCAAAGUGGAGUUAAUAUAGGAAUAACAGGCACUGAUGGUGACAUAAGAUCAUCUAGUAAUAUAGGACAAGAACAACUAAAAAUAUCUUCACCGAACUAUAAAACAUUUCAUCUAAUUAAUGAUAGUGAUUUUUUUCGACCUAAAUUAUUGGUAGAUUCAGUCGGCAAUGAUAAUGAAUCUAUCGAUCAAAUAACAACUCUUUAUAUCAGAGAUUGGCAACUUGAUCAACGCUUUAUUGAUAUUUUGAAAAAAGUUCUUCCAUUACAAGAACAACUUCAUACACUUGAUUUCUGUUAUGUUGGUCUUAAUGAAAAAACUAUUCAUGGAAUAGUUGAAUUAUGUCAAGUAACAAAAAAUUUGAAGAAUGUUUCACUCGAUGGUAAUCCAUUAGCAGCAGAAUAUUUUUAUCUUUUACUUGAAAAAGAUGAUUCAAAAAUUAUUCAACUAUCUCUUCGUUAUUGUAAUAUUACUGAUACAGCUGCUGAACGACUUGCUUUUGCUCUUGGUAAUAUGUUAAAACAAAAUCGAAAAUUAUUAACACUUAAUCUAAGUGGAAAUCGAAUUGGUGAUAAUGGUGCUAAAUCUUUUGCAACAGCGUUACGUUAUAAUAGGACAUUAAUAUCUCUUAAUCUUUCAUCUAAUUUUAUAACUGAUAAAGGUGCUUGUCAUUUGGCAUUAGUUCUUCGAAGAAUUGUUCUUACACAAGAAGAAAUCCUUCGACGUCGAUAUUUAAUAGUUAAACGUUAUAUUGAAAUACAUCCAGAUGAAUUUAGAAUUUCUACAAAUUCACCAACUCCUUCAAAUGUAUCAACAAAAAGUAAAUCAGGUCGAAGUAGUCGAGCUGAUCGAAAACGUGUACCAGAGACAACUAAACGAAAAACAAAUAUAUCAAAAACUACGCAACAUAUUAUGGAAAAACGUAAUCGAAAUGAAUCUGAUGAAAGUCGUCCACCCUCGGAAAGUAAAGGUGAUUUAAGACGAGCACGCAAUGAAGGUAGUAGUAGUCGUGCAGGAACACAUAAUCCUUCUUCAGCAACUCCUAAUACAUCUCGACGAACAGCUGCUACUACAUUAAAUACAAGUAAUAAAGAAUCAGAUCAAUCUCGAACAGCUGCUCCUUCACGUAUGAAAAAGAUAGCAACGACUGUUAAUGUUACAGCAAAAAAGAAUAUUACAAUAGUUAAAGAAGAAGAUGAAGAUGCAAUACAACAGGGUCGAUCAUCUGGUUUAUCAUCAGCAGGAAAAACAACAUCAUUAUCAAUUCAACAAAUUGAUGGUGAAAAUCCAUUACUUGAAUCAAGUGAAAUUGAAUCACAAGAUGGUGAUGUAUGGUUGAAAGGCAAUUUAGUUCUUUUAAGUUUAAACUUAUCACGAAAUUAUUUAACAUCAGAUAGUGUUCGAGAAUUUCUUCUGUCAGUUCAACAGCAAUCAGCAUUAGCAAGUUUUAAUGAUGCAUUUAAUUUAUCGUCGUCAACAACAACAACAACAACGACAACAACAACAACUUCACUAACGAGUUUUUUUGGCUUGUGUCGACUUGAAUUAAAAGGUAUGAAUGAUAUUUCAACAAAGUCACCUGAAUAUCAAUCAUUGGAAGCAUUACUUGCACAAAAAAGUCCAUUAUUUCGUUUUCAACAAUUUAGAGAACGUGAAGCAAAAGAAUUAUUCGAUCUACAAUCGAUUCAACCAUCACAACAACUUCAACAACCAAUACCAGAAAAAACAAUAAAUGUUUCAGAAAAAACACGAGUACCUUCAAGUGCUAAACCUACAAAUCAACGACCAACAUCACGGUUAAAAGACUAA